AUGCAGAAAUUGGCUAGCCAGUACUUAAAGAAAGAAUGGCCUGGCGUGAAAGCAGAGGAACGAAACGACUUUAGGAGCCUCUACCCUGUGUGGAAAUCGUUUCUAGAAAGCACCGUGCAGGUCGCCCAGUCCAGGAUCAAUAUCUGCGAAAACUAUAAAAAUCUCAUUUCGGAGCCUGCCAGGGCCGUGAAGGGCUUUAAAGAACAGCAGCUGAAAAAGUGUGUGGACCAGCUGAUCAGGAUCCAGAUGGAACUUCAGGAGACCGUCAAAGAUUUAGCGAAAGGGAAGAAGAAAUACUUCGAAACGGAACAGAUGGCCCAAACGGUCCGGGAGAAGGCCGACAUUGAGGCCAAGUCAAAACUUAGUCUUUUCCAAUCGAGGAUAAGCUUACAGAAAGCAAGCGUAAAAUUAAAAGCACGCCGGUCGGAGUGUAACGCUAAAGCUACUCACGCCAGGAAUGAGUAUCUUCUCACGUUAGCAGCUGCCAACGCACACCAAGACCGCUACUAUCAAACAGACUUGGUAAACAUUAUCAAGAUCCUUUGGUUGACCCCAAGGCUGGAGAUCCAUGAAAAAGACCGCGGGUUGCAUUGUUCUUUGACUAACCGUAUUGACCUGUGCUUGCCUUGCAGUUCUAACCGUGUUGUGUGUGUGUGUGUGUGUAUGUGUUUUUGUGUGUGUGUGUGUUUGUGUCUCUGUGUGUGUUUGUGUUGUCCUUGUGCCACUUUUGACAUUCAGAGUUUUAGUGCCGUUCAGCUGGUGGAUAUUGAGCCCUCUCUUGUCAGUGCCCUGAGAGUGACCUUAGCGGAGGUAUAUGGCGUCAUCUCACCGUUAACCCCGUGCCGUGGUCCUCUUUGUCAUAUCAUAAAGUUGAAAGCCGAAGCUCGCCUCGACCUCCUGAAGCAGAUCGGCGUUUCGGUGGACACUUGGCUGAAAAGUGCAAUGAAUCAAGUGAUGGAGGAACUGGAGAACGAGCGGUGGGCCAACCUCCCGGCCAUGGCCAGUAACGGCUCUUCCCACUUGCUGAACGUUGACCUAGAAAGGGAAGAGGGCGAAGACGGCCUGGAUGCUUUUGAAGACAGCAACUCCAGUCCUUCGGGCACCCUUCGAAAUUACCCGUUGACCUGCAAGGUUGUUUAUUCAUACAAGGUAGGUGUGUUCGGCCUCUUGGCAGGGGACAGGCCUUCAUAUCAAACUGGCCCAAAAGUGCUUUUUGGAUUUACAGGGUCGUUAAAGGAAGGCGAGCCCUCAGGAUCCCAAGACAUACCUACCAGGUGGAUUCCCAGCCCGCUAACGGAUUCUUCACCUCUGCUUUCCCUUCCAGUCUGUUUUGUAAAAGCACUUUACGAUUACGAGGGUCAGACGGACGAUGAGCUUUCCUUUCCGGAAGGUGCCAUCAUCCGCAUCCUGAACAAAGAAAACCAGGAUGAUGACGGAUUCUGGGAAGGAGAAUUCAACGGCCACGUCGGGGUUUUCCCUUCCGUCCUGGUCGAAGAACUAACCGCUUCUGAAAACGGAGAGGUCGCAUGUAUCGCUGAAGUUCAGGUCUUUCCAUCGGCAAAGUCCCAAAACUCCCUGGCGCCGUUGCCCCUCUACGACCAGCCCCCCGUCAGCCCUUUCCCCAGCCCCGAUAAAAGAGGCGCUCAGGGCUUCUCACGAUCUCCCUCGGCCAACGUUUCAGAAAACAACUUCCCGUCAAAUUCUCCUGGAUUUUCCCAACCACCCCGACACCUUCCCGAAAGCACUUCCUACGGCAAACUCAGACCUCAUCAAGAGGUUUCCUUGGAUCAGCCACAGAAUGAUAUUUGA